CAUGCAAGAAAACAUACACAAACUAAUAAGCCAAAUGUGUGUUUGUUUUCAAUGCAGUGUGCUUCAAGAAGAACGUGUAGUGGGAAUAUUGUAACAGAUCUACUACAUAAACUGUAGAGCUUAUUGCAAAAUUGCAUUGCAUCACUGUAAUGUAAUAUUUCGUAAAGACAUUAGGCUUAUACUUCUCAGUUCACUCUGCUGUAUUUACUGAGUCCUCCAGCUGUUUCCUGCAUGUCUGCUGCUAAAACGAGGAGCAGACGAAUGAAGAGAGGAGAGGGGUUUACCAUGUGACUGAGCUCUCCAAUGUCUCCAAACAACUCACUCAGCAUCAUGGCUGCGGAUGCUGCGGCUGUGAGCUCUCAGCUCUGCAUCUCCCGACCCGGAUCCGUGUCCCUGCUCAUCAUUUUUGCUUUCACCUUGCCGGUUUCUGUCCUCGGAUUACUGGGUUUCCGCCCCGAGGACACUAGGGGAGAGCUGUCCGUGGAAAAUGGGGUGCUGAAAGCGACAGAAGGGACGCGGUUCAGGCUGCGUAUUUAUUACACAGCAUCCCAGCGAUUCAACAGAACUGUCGGUGGUAGAACUGGGGAUGCAGUGGCUACACCGUGGAUCGCUUUUAUUGAAGAACCGAGUUCUGGUAGAUCAGGACAGAUUCACCCGAAAAGGAACCUCUGCAUGGACAAGAACGCCAGGACCUCUGAUAUCGAGUUAUUGGGCUCAUUCAAACCUCCGUACAACCACAACUCAGUCUUAGUGGAUCUGCUGGCCAAGGACCUGCGCAGAGGUGAAAAAAUAAAGUACUAUUCAAUGUGUGCCUUUGAUGGGGUCAAAUGGGAGCACUUUAGGACUAGAGAUUUCUGGCUGGCAGUGGUUGAGCGGCCCCCAGAAGCGGAUGUCUGGCUGCAGGUUGCUGUCUCCUUAGUAAUGUUGGGAUUUUCCGCUCUCUUUAGCGGGCUCAACCUGAGUUUAUUGGCGUUAGAUCCCGUGGAGCUCAGGGUUAUACAGAACAGCGGCACAGAGAAGGAACAAAAGUAUGCACGGCGGAUUGAGUUGGUCCGAAAGAACGGGAACUACCUGCUGUGUACAUUGCUUCUGGGAAACGCGCUGAUCAACGCCUCUCUGGCGGUCUGGCUUUGCCAGGCGUUUGAGGUGACCUGGCUCUCCAUCCUCGUCUGCACUUUCGGCAUCUUUUUUAUCGGGGAGAUUCUUCCCCACUCGGUGGCAUCCAGACACGGGUUGGCACUUGCUUCCAAGACCAUCUGGGUGACGCGGUUGUUAAUGGUCAUCUCAUUUCCCAUCUCUUUCCCCAUCAGCAAGCUCCUGGACGUGUUCCUGCGUCAGGAGAUCAGCAACUUCUACACCAGGGAGAAACUGCUGGGGAUGCUGCGCGUCACAGACCCUUACCAUGACCUGGUCAAAGAGGAGCUGAAUAUCAUCCAGGGCGCCCUGGAGCUCCGGACUAAGACGGUGGAAGAUGUGCUGACCCCACUGAACGACUGCUUCAUGCUCGGUUCAGACUCCGUGCUUGACUUCAACACCAUGUCUGAGAUAAUGCAGAGCGGUUACACCAGAAUCCCAGUCUACGAGAACGAGCGGUCCAAUAUCGUUGAUAUCCUGUUCGUGAAGGACCUGGCCUUCGUGGAUCCCGAUGACUGUACCACGCUGAAAACCAUCACGCAGUUUUACAACCAUCCCCUGCACUGUGUGUUCAACGACACCAAGCUGGAUGCAAUGCUGGAGGAGUUCAAGAAAGGUAAAUCACACCUGGCGAUCGUGCAGCGUGUGAACAACGAGGGAGAGGGGGACCCCUUCUAUGAGGUGAUGGGCAUUGUCACACUGGAGGACGUCAUUGAGGAGAUCAUCAAAUCAGAGAUCCUGGAUGAGACUGACCUGUACACUGAUAACCGUACAAAGAGGAGGGUGUCUCACCAUGAGGGGAAGCAGCAGGACUUCUCACUGUUCAAGCUCACAGAGAACGAGAUGAGGAUCUCACCCCAGCUUCUCCUAGCCACACACCGCUUCCUGGCAACAGAGGUGGAGCCCUUCAAGUCGUGCCACAUCUCUGAGAAGAUCCUUCUGCGCCUGCUCAAGCACCCCAGUGUGGUGCAGGAACUCAAGUUCAACGAGAAGAACAAGAGAGCCAUCGAACACUUCCUGUUCCAGCGCAGCAAGCCUGUGGAUUACUUUAUCCUGGUGCUGCAGGGGCGAGUAGAGGUGGAGAUAGGAAAGGAAGCACUGAGGUUCGAGAAUGGGGCGUUUACUUACUAUGGAGUGCCAGCCAUCAUGUCCAAUCUGACAUCAGUUCACAGGUCCCCAUCUCGCAGCAGCGGUCUCAACCGGUCUGAGUCACUGAAUUAUGGGGACAGCAUGAGCCAACUUAACAGCAGCAACAACACCUACCUGCCAGACUACUCUGUACGCCAGCUUACCAACCUGCAGAUCAUUAAGAUCACACGGCAUCACUACCAGAAUGCACUUACUGCCACUCGCAUGGACAGCUCUCCGCAGACUCCUGACACAGAUGCCCAGGCGAACGAGGACAGCACUCCGACCCCCGAGACUCGUUCCAGCAGCACCCCCCUGCCGGUGCCUGAAAUCCAGACCAGCAGCCCCGCCGAGACCAAUGCACAGAGCAGCAGAGUCCUGCAGAGCACCACCCUGCUCAACGAGAGGAACCGCAUAGUCCGCAGUAAGUCAGAUGGGCAGAAGAGCCCCAGUGAUUUUGUUUUCCUGAGGAUGGAUGAGAUUCCAAACAUCCGAGAGGAGCUGGCAGAGCGUUCUGAGAGCACUGGGAAGCAGAACGGAGACAGCGUAGCAGUGCCAGUGGAAGCCAGCCUCUCCAGCUCCCCGUUCAUUAGCAGCCUGUCUCUGAGCGCCUCUGACCAGACCCUGGGAAAGAAACUCCUUCGUAAACUCAGCAAUAAAAAGCGGAAAAAGUCACGAGAUGGAGAGAAGACGCCAGAGGACAACUCUGGGAUCCCACAGGUGAAAACCUAAUCCGUUUCCAUCAACAGGGGGCGCCAGGCAGGCAGACGAGCUCUGCAAAAAAAAAAAUUGGACGGGUGGAUUUUGGUUUCAGCUGGCCUGAGUUCUGCAUCAAGUGGAACUAUCCAAAUGAUUACAAUGUAAAUAUGGCCCUAUACUUCCCUAUUGAGCAAAAUCAUGAAAUUGAAUUUAAUGACAGCUCGUAACAUGCCAAAAUGCAAUGGGGUACACAGGAAUCUGUGCACUUUGCCCAGUUACUUCAAGAUCUGACUAAAUUCCUGCUUGAAAAAUGAUUGACAUUGAGGAUCUAUCAAUGACUCUAGGAUCUCCAGUUGUACUUGCGAUUGAAGUGGAAUGUGCAUGUAAACACAAGCAAGCAACUCAAUAUUAGUAACUAGAUUUAAGGACAGGAUCAGUUCUGUUUGAUUCUCUUUAGAAACUGAUUUAGUAAAAGGAGUCCUCAGCUAGCCUUCAUUCUACAAGUUCAUAACAUCAGAGUUGUCAGUAUUGGUGGGCUCGGUGGGCCUGCGUUGAAUCCAGACUACCCUGCUACUUCUUUUUGACAUUUUGUAGCGAUUGUUAUUAUCUGCCAUCAGAUGGAUUUAGAAUUCUACAUUAUGCUAAGUAGGUUAUGCAACGCCUCUGUUUUUGUAUGGGUGUCAGGUAAAGUUUAACUCACUGCCUACUCAGGUUGUUUUAUUUGAUGUGAAGGAUCCAGCAAUCUGUUUUAUGUGUUUAAUUUAGGAUUGACUUAAUCCCUGGGAGAAUGAUGACAGGCCUGAGGCUACUGAUUGGAGGGUUUCAGCAAUUUAGUAGACACACUUCCGGGGGCUCAAUACAAUGGAAUGCCUGGUUUCCAUCAUCUCAUACGGAACUCUGUGUUUAACACAGGAUUCACCCAGGCAUCAUUUCAACACAGGUUGAUCACAGGUCACUCAGCGUUACACUAAACAGGAGCUAAAUGUACUGGGAAUACAUCCAGUUGGCCAAAAGUCAACAUCUGAAGAAUCAAUACUUCCAUUCAAGCCUGUGUUGUUUGACUCCAUGUCAACUGUAAAGAAGAUGUACAUCUUAAUCAUGUUUAUAUACAUAUUUGUUUAAUAACUUUUUAAACUUUAUUGUGGUACUUUAUAUAUUGACUACAACUAGAUAUAUACAACUAUAUAAUAUAUAUA